AUCGGCUAAUCAUAACCCCUGGACCCAGCACCGAGCGAAGAAGCUGACUAUCCGCCUCGACACCCUCAGGCUUCGCUUCGUCGACUAGUGAGAUGUCGAAGACCAGGAACGACAAACACACACAGAACGGACUUUGCCUUCACCAUUAGUGGAAGAAUCGAGACGCUUCGACAAGGCUGAAGCGCAGCUCCGACUUGAACUCCUAUAUUAAUACCUCACGUUCAAUUUAACAACGGAACCCCUGACCUCGUUACCUCUCCAGUCCAUUACUUUGGUCUGCCUUCAACCGCUCCGCGUCAAUGGGCUGGUUCAAUUCUUCCUCGUCGCAUUCGCGCCCCUCCUACACUCGUGCCAGCAGCACAUUCUCCUCCCACUCACGCUCCGGUUCAUCGUACUACAAGCGUCGUCCUCGCGACAACUAUAUACAGAUGCUUCUGCGCAAGUUCAAACAUUUGAUCCGGGAGUUGUAUUAUUAUGCGCGACGACACCCAAUCAAAAUUCUCUUUAUGGUCAUCAUGCCCCUGAUUAGCGGUGGUGUAUUGCACCAAAUUGCGCGACAGUUUGGAAUUCAACUGCCAGCAGCGUUGAGAGGAAAUGGUGGCGCCAGAGGAUUCAGGGAUGACAAUGGAUAUUAUAGCAGCCAAGGGUACGAGGGACGGAGCGAUGGUGUAUUUGGCGGAUUUGGAGAUUUUGGGAGUGUAGUCAAGGUGGCGAGAAUGUUUAUGUGAAGGGUAGGAAGGGCAAGUCAUACACGGCUAAGGAACAACUCGAAGAGGCUACGACUCUAUAGGUACGAUAACACGAAAUUGCCGAGUAAGCAAGUGAGCGCGAAUUUACAGGCAAGGAGAUCGACAUGCGAAAGCGCGAUCUACACAAGAUGUUUGGGAUAGUCGCGACCGAUUCGUUUCGCAUUGUAGCUGUUGGUAGCUUGGCUCAAACUCGUUGCGCUAUUUAGCGGCGAAUAAACUAUUAUGAGACUUAAUGUGACACGACGAU